UAUUUAAAUUUACUGAUUUAGUUUUUGUUUUUCUUCGCCGGUGGCUGAAAGAGAGGCAGUCAGCGCGCCAUCAACAGACAUGAAUAGUAGAAGCGAAGAAGAAGAUGGUCCGAGUACUCUGGAUAGCUCUUUGCUCACCACCACUGACGUCAGUGGGAAACGUCGGAGCAAUCAGUCGUCUUCUCCAGCGACAGCGGUGGUUGUGUUUAGCACUUUGGUGGCUGUCUGUGGAUCUUUCGUUUACGGUUCUGCUGUUGGCUUUUCAUCUCCAGCUCAGAUGGGAAUCAUGGAUGAUCUUGGCAUGUCCUUGGAAGAGUACUCAGUUUUUGGUUCAAUAUUGACAAUUGGAGCCAUGGUUGGUGCAGUUAUGAGUGGGAAAAUAGCCGAUCAAUUUGGAAGGAAAAUGAGCAUGGGACUAUCUCAAGUGUUUUGUUUGUUCGGGUGGUUAGCAAUUUUAUAUUCUGAGGCUUCUUGGUUGCUUGAUGCUGGAAGAUUAUCAAUAGGAUAUGGAGUUGGGGUUAUCUCCUAUGUGGUACCAGUUUACAUAGCAGAAAUAACACCCAAAAACCUUCGUGGAUCAUUUACCGAUGUUAAUCAGCUGAUGAUAUCUAUUGGAAUAUCUGUAAUGUGGCUUCUUGGAAUUCUUAUUCAUUGGCGUACGCUAGCUCUUAUUGGAGGCAUUCCAUGUGUACUACAGGUUGUAGGCCUGUUCUUCAUCCCUGAAUCUCCUAGAUGGCUGGCAAAAAUCGGUUUAUGGAAAGAAUGUGAGAAUGCUCUACAAAAACUUAGGGGAGAGAAUGCAGAAAUCUCUGAAGAAGCUGCUGAAAUCAGAGAUUACACAGAAACACUUGAUGAGCUAUCAGAAAGUAGAGUCUUUGAUUUGUUUCAACAAGAAUAUGCCAAAUCUCUGAUUAUUGGAGUUGGACUUAUGGUAUUACAACAAUUUGGUGGAGUGAAUGCUAUUGCAUUUUAUGCAAAUUCCAUCUUUAUUUCUGCUGGUUUUUCAAGUACUAUUGGAUCAAUAGCAUUGGUUCUUGUUCAGAUUCCAUUCACCAUUUUAGGUGUACUUUUGAUGGAUGUUUCAGGUAGAAGGCCUCUACUAAUGGUUUCUGCUAGUGGAACUUGCUUGGGUUGUUUGCUUCUAGGGAUAUCAUUUUUCCUACAGGACCACCUUCAAGAGAAUAAAGGGUUAAGCCCUAUUUUAGCACUUGUUGGAGUAUUGGUUUUUAAAGGAUCCUAUUCAUUGGGCAUGGGGGGGAUUCCAUGGGUCAUUAUGUCUGAAAUCUUUCCUAUGAAUAUUAAGAGUUCAGCUGGAAGCCUUGUGACACUAGUUAACUGGUUUGGUUCUUGGGUUGUUUCGUAUUCUUUUAACUUCUUGAUGGAAUACAGCACUCAAGGAACAUUUUUCAUGUUUUCAAGCAUAUGCUGUGUGACUGUUUUGUUUGUUGCAAAAUUAGUUCCAGAGACCAAGGGUCGUACACUAGAAGAAAUUCAAGCAUCCAUGAACACCUCUAUAGAAACUUGAUUACAUGACAUGAUAUGAAAGAUUAGAAUAUAAUGAUUUUAUACAAUAUUUGAUUCAAAAGUUAUAGAAUCCAUUUUUUGGACCUAGAAACUAUUAAUUGUCGUGUAAAGUGUAUUUUUUUGGAGCUUAUUUUGAAAGUUUCAGACAUUGUUAUAUAACGUGUAGUAAAAUGCAAAAUAUUGGGAACUAGUUGUAAAAAGAUUAAAGAUACAAUGUGAUAUGAAUAAUAAAAUACUAUCGUGGGAAGUGGG